AAUCAAACAUCUUUACCCUCUCAAUCACCAAAAAAUAACCAAAUCGAUAAUGGCUCCCAAGGCAGCAGAGAAGAAACCAGCAGAGAAGAAGCCAGCCGAGAAAGCCCCGGCGGAGAAGCGUCCAAAAGCAGAAAAGAAGAUCUCAAAAGAAGGAGGAAGCGACAAGAAGAAGAAGAAGUCAAAGAAGAGCGUCGAGACAUACAAGAUCUACAUCUUCAAGGUCCUCAAGCAGGUUCAUCCCGACAUCGGAAUCUCAGGGAAAGCCAUGGGGAUCAUGAACAGUUUCAUCAACGACAUAUUCGAGAAAUUGGCGCAGGAAUCGUCGAAGCUCGCUAGGUAUAAUAAGAAACCGACGAUUACGUCGAGGGAGAUCCAGACGGCGGUUAGGCUUGUGUUGCCUGGAGAGCUCGCGAAACACGCCGUCUCUGAGGGGACGAAAGCGGUUACCAAAUUCACAAGCACUUAGGGUUUGAAAAAUGUUUUUAGGAUUAAUUGAUGAUGUAUCGUUCUGGGUUGAAUUGAUUUGUAUUCGGUUAGUGUGAUCCUUUGAAUGAACAGCUUUUCUUGUUAAUGAAUAUCGAUUUUCUAGCGAUUUAUUUUGUGGAUUUCUGAUUUAAUUCUACAAUUACGGGAUUAUUAUCCCAAGAUUUG